AUUCAACAUAUAUAACAACUUUUCAAUAAUAUAUAUUUUCCGUAUGUGAAACUUUUUUAAAUACUUAAUAAUAAAUUUUAAAGUAAUUAAUAUUGUGAUUUGUGUCAAAUAGUCAACGAUCACAAUGGUUGUGGAAAGUGCGACAGAUACGAAGAAGAUGAAGUAUCCCAAAUCGAUAUUUUUCAUCGUUAGUAAUGAAUUCUGUGAGAGAUUCUCUUAUUAUGGAAUGCGUACCAUAUUGACGCUUUAUCUAAAGAAUCAACUGAUGUACAGUUCUAAUACAUCUACGGUAAUAUAUCAUGUCUUCUCGAUGAUGGUGUACUUUUUCCCUUUAUUUGGUGCGAUGCUGGCAGAUUCGUUAUUGGGAAAAUUUCGCACGAUAUUCUAUUUAAGUAUUGUCUACGCCAUAGGACAAAUUCUAUUAUCUUUAAGUGCGGCACCUCCCUUGGGAUUACCAAGCAGAGAAUGUUCAUUACUUAGCCUACUUCUUAUAGCCAUUGGCACAGGGGGUAUAAAACCUUGUGUGGCUGCAUUCGGUGGUGAUCAAUUCAUGCUACCGCAACAGGAACGAUAUUUGUCCACAUUUUUCUCCUUGUUUUACUUUUCGAUCAAUUCUGGAUCGUUGAUCUCGAGCUUCUUGAUGCCCAUAAUACGUAAUGAUAUCGCAUGUUUUGGUGAAAAUACUUGUUAUUCUUUAGCAUUUUUUGUGCCAGCCGUACUUAUGAUUUUAUCAAUCAUAUUAUUUAUCUUUGGUAAACCUUUGUACAAAAUAGUAAAACCUACAGGUAAUGUUGUGUUAAAUGUUUCCAAAUGUAUAUCGCAUGCUAUUUAUAAAAAGAUAACAUCAAAAAAUGUUAAAAAGGAUUAUUGGCUCGAUUAUGCAGAUGACAAGUAUGACAAAUUGUUGAUAAAUGACAUAAAAGCAGCUCUACAGGUAAUGAUAUUAUUUAUUCCGAUACCGAUUUUUUGGGCACUUUUCGAUCAGCAAGGAUCUCGAUGGACGUUUCAAGCGACCAGAAUGAACGGUGAAAUUGGAAACUUCCUACUUCAACCAGAUCAGAUGCAAGUGUUUAAUCCUUUUUUGGUUCUUGCGUUCAUACCUUUGUUUGAAACUUGUCUUUAUCCAAUCAUGAUGAAAUUUGGCUUUCGAACUCCGUUAAGAAUAAUGGUAAUCGGUGGCUUUUUAGCUGCUUUAUCUUUCGUUAUCGCAGCUAUCGUUGAAUUUCAACUCGAGUCAACGUAUCCAGUUUUACCUUCAAAAGAUUUUGCGCAAUUACGCAUUUUCAAUACUUUAAAUUGUUCUAUAGAGGGAAAAUUACGAGACGAGAAUGAAUUAUCGCAAGAAUUGUCCUUUAUCGUCAAAAGUAUGGAUAUGUGGGAGAAUAAAUAUAUUAAAGCAAAUGGCCAAAAAAAUUUUAGUUAUGAAGUAAAUUUCAAGACAUGCAAUGAAGCCGGAAUUACGAACAUAUCUUCAAAUAAAAUAAAUGGAAGCAUUUUUGUAAUUGAAGCCGAAGCAAAUUCUUGGAUUAUCACGCCAGAAGGUUUUGUUGAUUAUUAUAAAGAUUCGAUAGACAAAUCAAGAACAGGUGAUCCUUUAGUGCGUGGUCUUAUUUUUGUAAACACAUUAAAAUCUAUUUCCUUAGAAUUGAUGAAGGAUGGUACAUCUUUUCUUAAAUUAAUGAUGAAUGGCACGUUUGACAAAAAUGAAGAAUUAAAUUCCAUCAAACCUAAUAUAUAUGAUAUUCAUUUAAAUGGUAAAAAAGUACAAAGUAAUAUUCCCUUCAAACUUGGUGGAGUUUAUACAAUAGUAGGAUCUGUUAUUGAAAAUAAAACGAAUGCUGCAAUGGUAACGGUGACUGAUCCAAAUUCAGUACAUAUAUUAUGGUUGAUUCCUCAGUAUGUUAUUAUUACGAUGAGUGAAGUCAUGUUCUCUGUGACUGGAUUAGAAUUUGCAUUUACCCAAGCACCUAGCAGUAUGAAAUCUCUUCUACAAGCUUGCUGGCUAUUAACAGUAGCUUUUGGUAAUCUCAUUGUAGUCAUUGUUGCUGAAGUUUCCAUCUUUAAUCGACAAGCCUACGAAUUCUUGCUAUUUGCUGGAUUGAUGUUUAUCGAUGUGAUAAUUUUUGCUGUGAUGGCGAAAUUGUAUAAAUAUGUAAAUACUCCGGAAAAUGAAGAAAUAACCGAAAAUAUUCAAAUGGAUGAAAAAGACGGAAUAGUUAAUAAAGCCUUUAAAAACGAUCAAUAAACAAUACAAUUAUUAUAAUUGUACAGUUCAUUACCUUACUUUUGUAUAGAUAUGUCCGUUUUAAAAUAAUUAGAAUACAAACUUAAUAUUGUAAA